AGACGAAUUUCCCUAUGGGCGUGCUUCGCAAGACGAAAACGUCUUGCGACUUUGUUUCCUUUGUCUUAAAACCUUUAAAACCAAGGGUGCUUUGCUUGAACAGCUGCAGUUGCGACUUGACUUCGAGGAGCAACUGUUAGCACGCGGUUUGGUAGCCUUUUCUCAGACUUUGCUCAUUUUUGAAGCUUUUCCAAAACUUUUCCAGAACUUCUUUUGCAUCCAUUUGGUAAGUUAAACUUUUAAAACUUUUUUUGGGGGUUUUUGAAUUUUGGGUUGGGGUGUUUGGGAUUCAAGGACUUGGUUCUGGGUUUUAAUUUCUGUGUGGUGUGUGGCUGGGUGCUUUUGAAUUUUUUGGAUUUGAAGCACAUCACUGAUUUCUUUUUCUUUUUCUGAGUUUACGAAGGAGCUGUGCUGCCAUGGGACCCAAGAAGACUGCUGCUGCAGAGGCCGGCGAGAGGAAGAAGGAGAAGGUGACGCUGGAAAUGAAGAAGGAGAUCAUCCGGAAGCACGACGGCGGAAUGCGUGUGACGGACCUCGCCAGGGAGUACGGCAGGAAUCCAUCAACCAUCGGGACCAUCCUGAAGAUGAGGGAGAAGAUCAUGGCGACUGAUGCAGCCAAGGGAGUCACCAGGAUCGUGAAGAACCGCCCAGCUGUUCUGGAGGAGGUCGAGAAGUUGCUGCUCAUCUGGUUAGAAGAGAAGCAGCGUGCAGGGGACACAGUGACUGAGGCCGUCAUUUGCGAGAAGGCCAAGGCCUUGCACGCAGACCUCGUCCGGGAACAGCCAGGAACCUCAGGCGAGCCAGAAGUCUUCAAGGCAAGCAGAGGUUGGUUUGACCGGUUCAAGACAAGAUCUGGAAUCCACAGCGUGGUCAGGCAUGGAGAGGCUGCCAGUUCUGAUGUUCCUGCGGCUGAAGACUUUGCAGCGGAGUUCCUGGAGGUUGUGAAGACGGAGGGCUACGUUCCACAGCAGGUCUUCAACUGCGACGAGACCGGGCUGUUUUGGAAGAGGAUGCCCAAAAGGACUUUCAUCACACAGGAGGAGGCCAAGUUGCCUGGCCACAAGCCCAUGGAGGACCGUCUGACCCUGCUCUUCUGUGCCAACGCAAGCGGCGACCUGAAGAUCAAGCCCCUGCUGGUGUACCACUCGGAGAACCCACCGGCCUUCAAGAGACACAAGAUCGACAAGGAGCAGCUGAGUGUCAUGUGGCGAUCCAACAGCAAGGCUUGGGUCACACGUGUGCUGUUUGUGGACUGGGUCAAUCUUGCUUUUGGCCCUGCUGUCAAACAGUACCUGCUGGACAACGACCUGCUGCUGAAGGCUUUGCUUCUGAUGGACAAUGCUCCUGCUCAUCCUAAAGGCCUUGAGGUGGACUUGUUGGAGGAGUUCAGCUUCAUCAGAAUCAUGUUCCUGCCGCCUAACACCACGCCACUGCUCCAGCCGAUGGAUCAGCAGGUCAUCGCCAAUUUCAAAAAACUCUACACCAAGGAGCUUUUCAGGCGAUGCUUCGAGGUGACUGACUGCACCACCAUCACCCUGCGGGAAUUCUGGAAGGACCACUUCGACAUCGUCACCUGCUUGAAGAUGAUCACCACGGCCUGGAAUGGGAUCAGCCAGAGAAAUUUGAAUUGCGCUUGGCGCAGCCUGUGGCCAGACUGUGUGGCACCAAGUGACUCUGAUGCACCAGAGUCAACAGUGGUGCAGGACAUUGUUGCCUUGGGGAGGACCAUGGGCCUGGAGGUCACAGAGGAGGACGUCUGCGAGCUGGUGGAGGAGCACGACCAUGAGCUGACCACCCAGGAGCUGGUUGAACUGCAGGGGCCAUAG